AAGGAAGCGUCAUCCUUUCUGAUGUAGAGCGGCACGGCGGCCUCUCGUUGCUAGCUGCUCUACGUUUCCCCCUUCAUUCUUUUCCGCUCUUAUCCCGGGUUUUCAGCUUUUCAAGUCGCUUCAAUUCAACCAUGACACCGAAGGCGCCGCUUUUCGCCGCCUGCCUGCUCCUCGUUGCCGCUCUCGGCUCCGGGGUUUCAGCGGACGGUCUGGUGAACGAGGAGGUGAAGAGGACCGUGGACCUGAGCUCUCAUCUGGCUAAAAUCACCGCGGAGAUCGUCCUGUCCAACAAGGGACACUCUGGCGUCCAGAGCUUCGUGCUGGCCGUGGAGGAGGACCUGGUCCCGCACCUCGCUUACAUCGGAGCCUCGGUCAAGGGUGACGAUGAGGAGGAUGAUGGUAUGCUUGAACUCCAACAGACCAAAAUCAAAGGCCAAAGUGGGGACUUUUACAAAGUGCAGCUGUCCUCCACUCUGUCAGCUGGGGCUCAGCUGAAAGUGAAGGUGGAGAUGACGUUCAGCCACGUCCUGAAGCCCUUCCCCACACACAUCACCCAGGCCGAGCGGCAGCUGGUGGUGUUUCAGGGAAACCACUACCUGUACUCGCCGUACCCCACCCGCAGCCAGACCACACGCGUACGCCUGGCCUCCAAGACCGUGGAGACCUACACCAAGCUGGGCAACCCGUCCAAGUCCGACGAGGUCAUCGAGUAUGGACCGUUCCGUGACGUGGCUCCGUUCAGCGAGGAUACAAUGAAGAUCCAUUAUGAGAACAACGCGCCCUUCCUCACCAUCAGCAGCAUCACUCGCACCAUUGAGGUGUCACACUGGGGCAACAUCGCAGUGGAAGAGACCAUCGACCUCAGGCACACAGGAGCCGUCUUAAAGGGCCCGUUCUCCCGCUACGAUUACCAGCGUCAGUCGGACAGUGGCAUCUCAUCUGUCAAGUCCUUCAAGACUAUCCUCCCUGCCUCAGCCCAGGACGUCUACUACAGAGACGAGAUCGGGAACAUCUCCACCUCACACCUGCAGGUUCUCGACGACUCUGUGGAGGUGGAGGUCAGGCCUCGCUUUCCCCUGUUUGGAGGCUGGAAGACUCACUACAUCAUCGGCUACAAUCUGCCCAGCUACGAGUACCUCUACACCCUGGGUGACCAGUACGCACUGAAGAUGAGACUCAUUGACCACGUGUACGACGACCAGGUCAUUGACGCCAUGACUGUGAAAAUCAUCCUGCCAGAAGGAGCCAGAAACAUCCACAUGGAGACGCCGUACGAAAUCGACCGUUUGCCAAACCAGCUGCACUACACGUACCUGGACACCUUUGGCCGCCCGGUGCUGGUCGCCACCAAGGACAACCUGGUGGAGCAGCAUAUUCAGGAUGUUGUGGUCCAUUAUAACUUUAAUAAGAUCCUGAUGCUGCAGGAGCCUCUGUUGGUUGUCGGCGCCUUUUACAUUCUCUUCUUCACCGUCAUCAUCUACGUUCGCCUGGACUUUGCCAUAACGAAGGACCCCGCUGCUGAGGUACGCAUGAAGGUGGCCUCCAUCACGGAGCAGGUCCUGACUCUGGUCAACAAGCGUCUGGGUCUGUACCGACACAUGGACGAGGUGGUGAACCGCUACAAGCAGUCCCGCGACACCGGGGCGCUCAACAGUGGCCGGAAGACGCUGGAGGCCGACCACCGCGCUCUGACCAAUGAGAUCAGCUCGCUGCAGGCCCGCCUCAAAGCCGAGGGCUCUGACUUGGCUGAUAAGGUCGGCGAGGUACAGAAGCUGGACGGCCAGUUGAAGGAGCUGGUGUGCCGCUCCUGCCAGGAGGCGGAGCGACUGGUGGCCGGGAAGGUCAAGAAGGAAGCGUACAUCGAGAGCGAGAAGACUCUGACCGGCAAACGACAGGAUCUCGUGAGCCGCAUCGACAGUCUGCUGGACGCCCUGUGAAAUAUUCCACACACACACACACACACACACACAUAUAUGCGUGCUACACCAUACAUUCGACUGUGAGUAUGUAUCAGAAUUACAAUUAAAGCUUCUUUUUUUUUUCUUUUUCUUUUUUUACCACCAUUGAACCCAGACAUGGACAGUUUUCAACCUCGUCUUCAGGCAGUGACGCGUUUAUCCAAACACUGUUCUGA